CAGUCAAAGGGGAAUUCAGUUUUAGCCUGGACAGGAAACGUGCUCCAUACAGCACACAAACCCCAGGCAUCCUGUGUGUGAGCAGGAAGACCCACUAUAGCACAAACAGAGCGGCCUCGCACCACAGCAGACAUGGCCAAAAGAGAGCUUUGGACGGACAACUUUAGAAUUGAGGAUGUUCAUUAAACGAACAAGAUUUAGCAUCUGUGGGCUGAGGACCAUCUGAUGAAAGGUAAACAUGGCUAACCUUAUGCAGGGAUUAGUACUCUGUCUAAUGGCAGCACAGAGCCUUCAACAUACAGGUGACACCAAGGCAAGCAUAGGAAACUCCUCUAAUAAGGGACAAAGAACGUUUAAACCUCGUAACUAUACACUGACCCACAUAAACCAGAGCUGGCCUGGGAUGGACCCCUUUCUUCAUGUGGGACCUGAGGAACCAGCCACAGCCUUCACCACAGGAAUCCUGAGUAACUGGAUCAUACCAUCAGCCUACGUCCUGUCUAUGCUGCUGGGCAUCCCGUCUAACGCUUAUAUUUUGGCUUUUUUAAGGGUUAAGAUCAAGGACAAGUCGCGGGCAACAAUAAUUCUGUAUUUGAACUUGGCUCUGUCGGACCUGUUGCUUCUGCUGUCCCUAGCCUUGCGCAUUCAUUAUCACAUUAAUAAAAACCACUGGAUUUUUGGGGAGGUUUCCUGCAGACUUGUCACAGCUUUGUUUUAUGGGAAUGUGUACUGCUCAUCUCAGACCAUUGCAUGCAUCAGUAUGAAGCGUUACUUGGCUGUGGUCAAGCCUUUUCUGUACCGGCGAAUGGCUACGACCUCUCUAUCCCUAUGGGCCUGUCUCAUUGUGUGGCUCCUGUUUGGGGCAGCUAUAGUGCCCGAACUGCUGGUUAGGCAGAGCUACUUCAUUUCUGAGCUGGGAGUCGUCACAUGUCAUGAUAUCCUGCCUCUAGAUGUGGAACCACACUCUCUGCUGGUCCCGUUUCGAUUGGGCCUGGUCUGCCUGGGGUUCAUAGUGCCUUUCUUUGUUUGUAUUUAUGUCCAUGUGUCAGUGGUGUACCACUUGGGGCAAUCUGGUUGUGAUUGGAAACCUUAUAUAAAGAUCAGCAGCCUGGUCUUUGUCAUAUUUGUAGUGUGCUUCUUACCCAGUGGCAUCCUCCAUAUAAUUCAUUACAUCUGUCUGAUUGUGAACGGGGAUGACCACAUGUACACGUACUACCGAGCGGCAGUGUGCCUCUGCUGCUUCCACAGCUGUCUGGAUCCUCUUCUGUGUUUGCUUCUGUCUAGGACUGCCUCGUCUGAGCUACACUUCACAUCCCUGCGUGGGACACCUCUGACUACCUCUGCAGUGAUGUGAGACUAAGCACUCAAUAAAUAUUGUCCAACAUCUUUUGAGUAUUAACAAAAUAAACAGGUGUAAGUCUA